CCUAGUAUCGUUGACUUCGCGUGCACACGAGUCAUAAAAUUGUUCAUUCAAAGAGAAAGACUUUGAGCUUGUUCCGUUCGAGGAUAUCUGAACCACAAUGUCGCGUGGAAAUCGUGAAAUCACCCAGGGCAUACUGAAGCAUUCCAUGAGAGACAACUACUCAGAGCACGGUGUGGAAGAGUAUUAUAGGAAGGUCGGAGCAACAUAUCGAAACCCGCACUUUCCUGGCGUGAAGACUGUCCUCUGGCUGUGGUUCAAUAGACUAUGGGCCAUGGAGGGCGAGCGUAUUGGUCGAAGCAAGUUUAAUGUCUUUGACAUGGCGUGCGGUAGCGGAGAAGCGACACUUUCGUUCAUCGAGUGGUGGCAAGCUGGCCAGAAGGCUUACGAUGCCUUACAGUCGCCCGCAGCCGGAACCUCAAAUCUCUCGCGAAUACAGAGGAAGCCGGUGCAACUGGAACCUCCACCUUUGAGCUCAGAGCUGAAGAGACCCUCGUUAUUUGCGGCUGACCCUUUCACUGCAGAAGCGCUUCAUGCACGGACAGGCAUGCACAACUGUUCAAAUUUAUCGUUCAGAGAUGUGGCAGAAGGCAUGCUUCCAGCCUCUUCUCUGUCGUCCGUCCAGGCUGUGAUACCUGGAGAAUCAAGCUUAACGACGUUGGAGAUGACUAUAUGUUCGUUUGCCUUGCACCUCGUAGAGUCGCAGUCAGAAUUAUUUUCUUUGCUGUGGGAGCUGAGUACGAAAUGUCGAUGGUUAAUCGUGGUUGCACCACAUAAGAAACCGGAAAUCAAGGAGGGCUGGGGCUGGAUGAAGUGGAAUGUAGACUCUUGGAAUGAGACUCAGGUGAAUGACACAAAGGGAGAGAUGUUACGAGACCGGUGCGUACAGCAUGAGUAAUAUAACGAAGGUCGUGCUGAUGUCCGUGUUUGUCAGAGUCCACUGUCGCGUGUACCGUAGUAUAAACGUGAACAGCGAGUAGGACGUUCCUUGUAGAACCGUGCUUGCAUGGAAAAUGUGCGAACGAAGGUUGUGUGAACGAAGAUGAAGGAAUAGGCUUCGCGAUCAGGCAUGUCAUCAAGUGCUGACGCUUGACUGCUAUCAGCCCAUUCAUGCGAUAACACAAACCGCGCGGUCGUUGUUAUCCUGGAUAGUGGUGCAAUGCUCGAAGUCCACAGGAAACUGUGUUGCAUCGGCACCGUCUGGACUGCACAUGUUGUCAACUGACAGUGACUUGAACGAAACGAAUGUGGUGAAGCUGUCCAUGGUCAAGGAGAGACGGGAAUUGUUGUCGUUGCGCCAGCGAACGACUAUUUGGUGAGUAGGAUGGGCAAGCUUGGAUC